CACCAGACUAGAUGGUCCAGUGCAUUAGGAUCGAGUCUGGUGUCAACACCUCUAUCACUAGCCCAUAUUUAACAACCAAAUACCCGUGACACAAAAUCGUUGUGCUACACUUUCGAUGAUUGACUUAGGCAUCCAGAUUGAAUGGAUUAACGCCUGAUGCACAUGCAGUAGCUAGUCUCUAGUGAUACGUAUUCUAAUUGCUAUCAUAGUUUGAACUGUUUACAAUGCUAAUUAUUUGAUAUGGUAAUGAGUUUCCAAUAAUGAACUGACGUAACUACCUAACAGUGGUAGAUAGCGUCAAACGUCAAGUGUCAACUAGGUGAUGCCAGAUUUUCACCCAUACUUCUUCUGGCCAGUUUGUCGUGCAUUAUAAAUGAACAAUGGUUGCUACGUGUACAAGUAACUCCAGCUCUUCUAAUGGGUCCUAUUGUCCUGCCUACCACGACUCCUAUUACUGUUGGCCGGAUACUUUGGCUAACACCACUGUUUAUGGGCCGUGUCCAUUUUUCCCGAGCCACUUCGGUGGUUUCCGGGUCUGCACAGAAGAUGGUGUAUGGGAGAGCACCGUGACUAACUAUAGCUUGUGUGUUGAAGAGAUAAGCCAAGUCAAUCUGACUCUGUAUCUGGUCCUGAAAGAUAUUAUCUUCAUAACGUCCAUCAUCUCUCUGCUAUUACUUAUUGCAGCACUCUUCAUCUUCUGUUACUUCAGGUCUAUUCAAUGUAAUCGUAUUUCCAUUCACAAACAUCUGGUGAUGGCCUUCAUUAUUAACUUCAGUAUCAUGGUGUACCAGACACAGCCAAACUACUCAAACUACAGACAACUGGAGUGGCUUUGCAAGACGGUGCUAGCGCUUUCUAAAUGUUCCCAGAUGGCAACUUUCUCUUGGAUGUUGGUGGAGGGAAUCUAUCUACACAAUCGUCUAGUGGUCACUGUGUUUCCAUCGGCAGCACCCUUCAGAAUAUUUUAUUUCAUUGGAUGGGGUCUUCCGGUAGUGUUUACACUCAUCUGGUCAACACUGAUGUAUCUGAAUGAUAAGAGCCGAUGCUGGGAUGGUUACACUCAAACCAAUCUCAUCUUCAUCAUAUUUGUCCCUAUCAUGUUGGCUCUAUUGAUCAACAGUGCCUUCCUAGUCAACAUCAUCCGUGUCCUGGUCACCAAACUGAGAAACAACAAUCUGAUGGAGUCACGGAGAAUUAGGAAGGCUAUCAAGGCCACGGUCGUACUUCUGCCUUUACUGGGGACGGCCAACUUGGUAUUCUUCUCCCAGCCGCGGGAUGUGACGCUUAUGACCAUCGCCCGUGUUGUCAACUCAGUACUUCCGGCGUGUCAGGGCAUCUUUGUCUCCGUUCUCUACUGUUUCAUCAAUAUAGAGGUGCGAAACGCCAUCAAAAAGAAAUGGCGGCGUUGCCUAACUAACCGAGCACUCAACACUAGAACUCGACGACAAGGGUCAAGGACGUCUUCCUACUUCCUUUCACAAAGUGAGGUACCAGCGAGACGAACCCAAAAUUUGAGAUCCACAGUAGUCCGUGAAAGAGACUACCAUUCAAUGAGUGUGUUGACUGCAGUGCCAGUUCUUCAUGCCAGUUCUCAUCCGUUUGAUUUGAAGAAAGUGUCCUUGUGAGCAGCCUCAUCACUUGGGACUUUAGAGAACUUGACUUCAAAGUCACUUUACGUUGAUUUUAGAUAACUUGACUUUAAAGUCACUUUAAGUUAACUUUAAGAUUACUUUGAAGAUGGCGUUUUUCUUUACUUGAAUGUGACUUUAGAAGUUGACAACCUUGUAUGUGGAUUUGUGAUGUAUGAUGAAGUCAACAACCUUAUACUGUGAUGUGCAAUGUAUGAUGAAGUCAACAACCUUAUACUGUGAUGUGUGGUGCAUGAGUUCGAAGCCACGUGAAAGUCUUUUUUUGUUUGAUUUUAAAACUUUAAAAUGUGUAUUUUGACGACUCUAUGACCAGAACUUUAAGUUGAUUCGAAUGGUUCGCGCCCUGAAGCAAAGCAAUAAAUCUUUUGGCAACUGUUUCAUUUCACUUACAUUACAGAAUAUUGUCUUGAUACUUAGUUGCCAAGGCGGAUUUAGGAGUCACCUACAGAGCUCGGGUCACAAAUAAGGAAAUCAUAUGCCUAACGGUCUUUCGACCACUUCAUGAUGAGUUAGGUUUGCGUGACAUGUCUACCAAAAAAAUGAAUGUCCCUAUGGCAGCAACAAAAUGGAGGCCGAAACGAUGAAAACGCAAAAGGUAAGUCAUGGUAUAUUUUGACAUCGCACCUUUAUGGAGGACCUCAGGCAGUGGAUACAAGCUGGGAAGGGGCUGCAGACGUUGCUGGACAGAUUUCUAAAAAGUUUUCCGCCAAUAAUUGUUAAUCUUAAUAUUGAAAUGUAUUUUAACUUUCACUGUAUUGAUGAAACUAGCAAAAAUUAAAGGAUAUCAUUUUAGUAAUUUUUGUAGAAAUAGAAGCAUGGUUCUCUCAUUGCGUCCUAGCAUGUAAUAAUCAUGCCAUCAGCAUGUACAAAUCGUUCUCCAUUGAUUGUAUCAUAGAUUUGAUGGCUUGGCGUGACUUAAACAUUUUUGUGAACACAAUUAAACAAUUAUUGUUGAAAUUAUAUGUUGAUAUUAAAUAUGCAUUAGUCCAAUAUUAAUCAAGAAAAGCUAGGUUUAAACUCAAAAUAAAUUCUGUUUAAAUUCAACAUAACUUUGGUUUAAAACCUAGAAAAAAAUUAAUUAGAUAAAUGUUUGGACAGCAGAGGAUUUUUAUUCCUUUUUUUUUCUUUUUUCAUCGACCCAAAAAAAAGGACGCAAUUUUCUAUGUGAGUGUGUGUGUGUAUUACUUAGGAAAUCUUUUUCUUAAUUCAUCGUUUAUUUACAUCGUGUUCAUUUUUAUUGAAAUUGUGAUUUGUGAGCUACAGAACUCUCAAGACUCCUUUGUACUGUGUACAGAUUUUAUUCUUUAAAAUUUAUAACUACAUUUUAAACCAGAACAGAUUUUACAACAGCGUUUCCUAGUAUAUAUAUAGAGAGUAUUUACGGGGCGAUCUAUAUAGGUGUACACUAUUGAUACAAUUAAUGAUAUUCCUUCUGGUGUGCAUGGUGUGUGUCACUGCUGUCUGAUGUUUGACACUAAUGUCUACGCGUUUGUCAGUGCGAGUCGAUGCUCUCUAGAUUUCACCUGCUGACUGCUUCUAUCACGUGUCCUGUCUGUGCUACGCGUAUCAAUUCUGUCUACUUAUGUCGAAGUUGUGUGUCGGUGUACAAGCUGUCCAUCAUACAUGCUUUAGACCCCUCUACCUAUACCUAAGAGAUUGUUACAAUCUAAUUGAUGAGAAAUCUAAAUAGAAUUCAAUAUCCCAGUGCCUACUGUAAAACUAUCUAUGUUUGUCUUAAAACUAAAUCAAUUGUAACAUGAACUUUUUCUUGCUCACGUCACGCGCUUCUCAGAAUUUACAUUAAAUUUUGCGAAAAUACGUGAACAGAAAAAUAGUCAAUAAACUUUCUCGAAUGAUUUUAAAACUUACUUUUUUUUUGUUAUUUGCUGUUUGAAACUUACUUUUUUGGAUUAUUACUGUAUAAAACUUACUUUUUUUGUUAUUUGCUGUUUAAAACUUACUAUUUUGGAUGAUUACUGUAUAAAACUUGCUAUUUCUGAUUAUUACUGUAAAAAUGUACUUUCUCUGAUGGUUACUGUUUAAAAAUUACUUUUAAUUACAUCAAUCAAACAAAAUCUUAUCAAUAAUUGUGGUGUGUAUUUCAUUUGCAUUGUAUAUUUUGAAACUUUAACUAAC